ACUUCAACACAAUAACUCAGAUAGGGUAGAAACAAUGAAAAAUAUAUUAUUCUCAUUGUCUUGUAAUCUAAUAUAUCUUACAUUACCCAGGAAAUAAAUAUCUUUAGCCAACUUCUUUUAACAUGUUCAAUAUGAGGUUUCCAUGUUAACUUGUCAUCCACUAUUACACCCAGAAAACGGAAUUCUGUCACUCUUUCAAUUAAUACUCCCUCUAUAGAUAAUACUAUCUCUUCCUCCUUUACACGGUUUCCGAAUAUCAUAAACUUUGUUUUUUCCAAAUUCGGCGAUAACUUAUUUACAUCAAACCAUUUUGUUUAUUUUUUUCAUUUCAGUAACCAUAAUUUUAGCCAAUUCUUUCAAGUUUUUUCCGGAACAAUAAAAAUUUGAAUCGUCUGCAAACAAAACAAAAUGUAACAUUUUUGACACAUCACAAAUGUCAUUUAUAUAUAAAUUAAAAGGUUUUGGUCCUAAAACAGAACCUUGAGGGACCCCACAUUCUAUUUUCAUUCUAUCAGAUGAAUUGCCUUAACACUGCACAUACUGAAACCUAUUAUCUAAAUAACUGCUUAGUUCAAUACUAUUCCUCUCACACCAUACGUACUUAACUUAGAAAUCAAGAUGGAGUGUUGCAGAGUGUCAAAAGCUUUUCUUAAAUCAAUGAAUACCCCUACAGUAUAUUUAUUAUGAUGUGUUGCUGAUGAAAUGUCUUCGAUAGUAUUCAUUAAUGCUUUUGCUGUUGAUCUGUUCCAUCGAAAUCCGUACUGACUUUCGCUUAACAGUUGAUGUUUUUCAAUGAAACUAUCAAAUCUUUGUCCAAAGAGUUUUUCAAGCACUUUAGAAAACUGUGAUAGCAAUGAUACUGGUCUAUAAUUAUUAAAACUAUGUCUGUCUCCUGAUUUAUAAAGGGGGAUAACUUUUGCCACUUUCAUUCGGUCAGGAAAUACACCCGUAUAAAAUGAGAGAUUAAAAAUAUAACAGAGAGGUUUGAUUAUACAAUCCAAGGUCUUUUUUACGAUGACCAUGUCUAACCCAUCACAGUCAGUGGAUGUCUUGUUUUUAGAUUUUGCUACAAUAGCUAUGAUUUCUUUUUCAGGGAUUUCCCCUAAAAACAUAGACUGUACCACUCUGCUAUCUCCUUUCCAUUCGUUAUUUCAUCUGAAUCAUCCUGUUUUCUAAUUAAGUUUGCCAGGUUAGGCCCAAUAUUUACAAAAAAAGAAUUAAAGCCAUUUACCACUUCAUUCUUAUCACGUACGACCUUAUUUUUCUUAUUAAAGUAAGUAGGUAAAUUUAAAGAUGUAUUAUUAUUACCCAAUAAGUUUUUUAAGAUAUUCCACGUACCCUUAACAUUAUUUUUGUUUUUGUAAAAUAAUUUAUUAUAAUACUCUUUCUUAGCCUUUCUGAUAAUUAAUACUAACUUAUUUUUAUAAACUUUAUAUUUCAUUUCAGCAGGCUUUGUUCUAAGUUUUAUAUAAUCUCUAUACAAUUUAUUUUUCUUUUUACAUGCAUUUUCUAGUCCUUUUGUUAUCCAUGGUUUACCAGUAGUUUUCUUUUUCUUUUGCUUAUAUAAUACCAGUGGACAGUGAUUUUCAUACAAAACCAAAUAAGUAUUUAAGAAUGCCUCGUAUGCAGCAUUAACGUCAUUUACAUAAACCUCAUUCCAAUCUUCUUUCAUAAGAUCUUGCCUGAACUCAUUUAUUGCAUCAUCAUUUCUAAUUCUUAUAUAUCUGUCCACACACACUUCCUCCUUUUGUGUCAUUUUAUAAUCUAAAGUAACAAAAACAGGUAAAUGAUCACUUAUGCCAUUUAUGACAAGACCACUUAUAAUGUUGCUUUCCAAGCAUUAAGCACAUUCCUUUCUGGAUCGAUAUUAUUUUCAAAAUCAUGUAAUUUGUAAUCCGAAUCUUCAGUCAUUGUGAUUGAGUAUUCUUUAAAUGUCUGUUAUCCUUAUGACAUAUACAAGUAUUUUACAACAUAUUUUGAAAAACCACUCAUAGCUAUACAGUUCUUUCUGAUCCAUACAUAACUGCGGCUCAGAUCUAUAUCUCGUCUUCGCGCAUAAUUGUAACACCGUCGGUCCCAGUUCCAUAUCCACCUGCAGCUUCACAGUAAUACUCUUCCAGUCUACUGUCUCAUACCUUGCCAUUUUCCCCCUCCUACAGUCGGAAAUAGUGUCUUUCAUUGAAUAAGUUUGGCUAGUUGUUAGCAAACACAUCAUAACAGACCUUCUGCCGUCCGACCGCAACAGUGUCAUCAUCCCCUGUAGUUUUUAAGAAUGUGGUCAUGAUAAAAAUAAUAUCUUAUACUGGUUUAUGUUUUACAAACUUUUCACAGUAAAGAGAGGAGCUGGUUGACCUUGGAUUAACUCUAAAAGCUGUUAUUAACAUCUUAAAAACAAAAGCUAUCAGAUUCUCUCUCUGUGAUAAAAUGAAUUCACUUCAAUGACACUGGAAUCCUAGAAUAGACACUUGGACAUAAACUUAGCUAAUAAUUUGAAACCUUCAUCCUAAGAACCAACAGUCACACAGGUGACACCGCUCCUUUACACAUUGAGGGAAGUUUCUAUUAAAGUUUGAACAUUGACUCUCCCACAGUUUUCCUGACUGUAAAAAUAGGUCCGGACUCUUAUGGGUUAUUAUGCAUGUAUAUGUAUAUAUCAGGGAACGAGGAAGUUUGUUUAAUGUAAUAUCUGUCUUUGUUUUACUCUGACCUGAUGACACAGGGCUCACUGAUGAUAUCAUUGAUGAUGCAGCACCUCCUGCCUCUCGCUACUCUGCUCCUUCUGUCCAUCGUUCCCACUGAAACUGAAGUGGUGGCAUCAGUGGCACAAUGUAAUGAGUUUUUUCUUGCGCAAACUCCACCAAACAUCCCAGACAUUUUGGAGGAAGGGAACAUCAAGGACCAGAACAGAUACAAAGUGAUUUGCCAGACUUUGAGAGACAUCAGGAGGUUUGUGACGCUGUACGACACCCAAAACAGGAUUCCAGUUUUUUCUGCUGCAGAGUACAGAGGUGGAAGCGAGGGAAAAAGAAGUUUUUGGAAGAUUGAACCACAGCUUGAAAACAUAAAUGACAAUGACAAUAUGAUACCAGCAGACAAGAAAAUCACCUACGACCACCAGGCUGGAAUUAAUGAUUACGCCAAACAGACAGAGUUUGAGAAAGGGCAUUUAUUUCCAAGCUCUUAUAGAUCUGAUGAAGUUGACAAAAGAUCUACCUUUACCCUGACUAAUGCUGUUCCACAAAGAAAACUAUUUAACAAUGGUAGGUGGAGCAGCAUGGAGAGAUGUGUUAAAUGCAUUUUGGAUAAAUACUGCAUUAACAACAAUAACCAAGUAGAAGACUUUGUAGUGAUUGGAGCAAAGCCCAGCAACGAAAAACCACUCAAAGAAAGGAUAAAUAUUCCUUCAGUGCUGUGGUCGGCGUUCUGCUGUUACAGUCACAGUCAGAACAAAUGGCUGGCAAGUGCACACUGGGGCAACAACACAGAUCUUGGCCCGACAUAUCUGCAGACCAAGACCUUGGGAGAACUCCUCACAGAGCUGGGAAUUGAAGCAUUUCCUGGAAAAGAAUGUCCUAAAGACGAAAGUGUCACUCAGCUUUACUCACAACCUGCGUGUAAAUCCCAUUGCCGACAAUAAUGGAACAGAAAGAAGAGUACAUCUACUCGUCCUACAACCACCCCCACCCCUUCAGUCUUCUUCUUCCACAUCUAAUUCACCAAUCCCUCCCAGCACCACAUCUUUCUCAUCACCUGGAACAUCUGUCCCACUUUCCCGCACAGUUCCAAAUUACAGUACCACAUCUGGCAAUCCAACAACUGUCCCUCUGGGUACUACAACCAGUGUCUACUGCUGCAACUGUCCAGAUUUCUAGCACAUUUCUCAAAAAGUUUCGAGUAAAUGAGAGUGAUGAGAUUCCUCAUAAGGGUAGUGUCUUGAAGAACAUCAGAAGCAUUAUUGUGAAAUGGAAGGGCAUCAUCAGUUUUUCUCAGGUUUAUUGAUCAUUUCAUGCUGAUGUUUUCUUACUAGAGUCUCUCUAAACAUUGUUCUCUAACAGACAGGUACCAUAGACCACAACACAAUGCAAAUAUUGUUGGUGCUUCAUGAAGGAAGCCUGCAAUCCAAACUUUUGGCUGAAUAAACAACAUCAACAUUACAAUUUUCCUAAAUCGAGUAGAGAAGUUAAAAAUAAAACAAGUUGGAUUAUAUCUUUGUAGCAAAGAUAUAUAUAUAAAACAUUUAUUAUGCAUAAAGGGAAACUAAGCAUGGUUUUAACAUAAGCAGUUAUAUUACAUUUUAAUCAUAAAUGUCUGAUUUAAACCACAUUUAUUUAUCAUUUAUGCCUGAGAUGAUAAUGAAGUACAAGCUACAGAUGUGAUUUAAGGAAAUAAUAAUGUUUUUGUUUCGGGGUUCUUAUAAAGUUGUGGUUCCUGCUUUGUAAUCUCCAUGUUUAUUCUUUCUUGCGUUUAUAAUGAUCAUAUUUUCCUAUUUCCUAUAGUUUUGCUUUUGGUACUUUGCCUGUCUCAUGUGCCUUGAUUUUAUGCCUUUAUUUGCCCUCCUGGGUGCCUGAUUGAUUCUUGUGUUUUGUCAGAUUUCCUUUCUUUGUUUUUGUCUUGUUGACAUUUAUUCUUCCUGCAUUUUGGAUAUUUUAUCUGCCAGCACUGUUAUUUUACUUUUACUUACAGUCAGAGUUCAGCCAUCAUUGUGAUUAUUACACUGUACUCAUGUACAGUGUAAUACAGUGUACUCAUACUCAAAGUAAAUGAUGUGACCAACAGUAACUGCUUUGACAUCAUCUCCCUCAAAUAUUGAAACAACUUUAAAUUUUAUUUGAAAAUGUCAGAAAUGUAUCAAAUAGCAAAAGCAAGGAAGAUUUGAGACGAGAUUUACACACACUGUGAUGUGCUGGUAUACAGAAAAAUGUUUAAUGAUGUGUUCACCAACAGCUAUAGAGAUAAGAGAAGUAUUUGUUGAAGUAUUGAGUUGUAGUACCAGCUACAACUCAACCACUGGUUGAUCUAGAGCUGGAGCCUAUCCCAGCUGUCAAACGGUGAGAGGAGUUAUGGACAAAUUGCCAGAAAUGUUGAGAGACAGAUCUGAGAAUAACCAUAUAACCCAGCACAUCAUUGAACUGUGGAUGGAAGCUUGGAGAGAACCCACACCAGCACUGGGAGAAGAUACAAUCUCCACACCGAAGACCAGGAAACUGAUGGAUUCACAUCCAGGACCGUCUUCCUGUGAGGCCGUGGUGCUAAUCAUCGUAUCAUCAUGCAGCCCGUGUUAAACAAUAUGACUGUAACUACCCUCUAUAGUGUUUUGUAAAACAUUUAAUAUGUUAAUGUGGUUCUAAUAAAUGACAACUGGAGCAUCAAA